AUGGCGGUGCUCGCUGGCAGAGUCCUGAAGGGCGAGCUGGUGGACCUGAACGAGACGCGGAAAACGGUGGAAAAUGCGGAGAAUCGGGCUCGCCAGGAGCGUAACAGCGAGGCGAAGUCGUGUCGUCGGGAGCUCGCGCAGGCUCUUCACCGGGAGGCCGAUCGACUCCAUCACAGCGGCGAUUACGAGUCCGCGUUAGUGUUGUACCAUCGAGCCGCGAACUUGUUUCCGCGGGACAGCAGUCACAGCGUGGCCGCCAGGAGGACCACGGCGACGAUAAGCUCCUGCAAUAAUCCCUCGAAAGCGCUACGGAGGGUUUUAUCGAACGCUAGAACGGACGAACGGCUGACGGUCACCCUCUGCCCGGAAACAGCCGUCCUCCAGGCCAACGACAAGCUCAAGAAGUCGCCCGAUCCGUCCACGGUGGUCGAGGCCCUCGGCUAUUUCGACGACCACAAGAGGUUCUGGAAGACAGUGCCGUCUCCCAGGCCCUCGAGCGUCCAAUUGGCGCGGUCGAAAACGAUGCUGCGACAGCUGAACAACUUGGCGAACGCGUAUCUGGACAAUCUGAAAUCGUGUUUCGAGUCGGGCAAGAUGGCGGCCUCGCUGAAGAUAGCGCAGGAGUUGCUGGUGUUAUCGGAGGGUCUCCAGGACCCUAGCCGCUAUCAGAUAGGAUCGUAUCAUUACUUGUCGCUGAUCCACGUUUCCCUGGGGAGACACGAUCGAGCAGCGUGGAACGUUUCGCGGUUGGUCAGGUUGUCCAAGAGCACCGGCGACGUGGUCCAGUUCUGUCGGGCGCUGGUCACCCUUGGGAAGGUGCACCUGAGCUUUGGACACCUCCACGCCGCCGCUAGGGCUUGGGAACACCUGGCCAGAGGCCUCAGGGAACCGAUCCCCGUCGCUUGGAUCAGGCACGAGAUCGGCAGGUGCUAUUUGGAGACCGGAAGGCACGGUCUGGCGCUCGAGAUGGCCACCAGGUGCAUCGAGGCGGCCUCCAAAGGCAACUCUGAAAAGUGGAUGCUACACGGGAGACUUCUACUAGGUCAGUUAACGAGGAAAGUCCAAAAGAAGAGUUUAGGAUGUAUUCAGGACCUUAGUUUCAAUGUUAUCGGAGCUAGAGGAGAUAUAAAACUCUAUAAGGGUUCUGCAAAUGUCCCCAAGACCGAUCCAAGUAGCUUGCAUCAAGGCUCUGGCGGAGGCCCCAGCUUCUUCAGGGCCUAA